UUUUGCUGCUCCAGAUCCCUCCUGCACUGUAGGGUGGUGGUAUGAGAGCCUUUGGGAUUAGUGCAUUUUACCUCUGUAGUUGUCAAGCUACAGAAGCCCUUCUCAGCUGAAGACAAGAGUUUGCAAGAUCUGCCAGAGUUCCCCCUCCCCUCUUAAUCUUCAGCAAACAGUCCUCCCAGCUCUCCUGUCCAGUUCUCCUCCUCUACAGAGGAAAUCCUGCAGGGCUGGCUUACACUACCUCUGGGAAAGUGGGAGAGGCAUCCUGUGCAAAGACAGCUGCAGAGGGUCUGCGACUGAGGGAGGGCUACCAUUGUACGGAGGCUGUGUGUGGCAAAAGAUGAGAGGCAGAACAGACUUAGUAUUUUAGUAUUCUGUCUUGAUGAAAUUUGAGCUGCUGAAGCCUUCACAGUAAAUGGCCACAUUUGCACAUGCGCGCACACACCCCUCCAGCAUAUGGGAGAGGUCUUGCUAAAAGGCUGUUACUGAAGAUCACUCGCUAUGUCUGACAGGGACUACGAUUACCUUAUCAAGUUCCUAGCCCUUGGUGAUUCUGGGGUUGGAAAGACCAGUUUCCUUUACCAGUACACAGAUGGGAAAUUCAAUUCCAAAUUCAUCACAACUGUAGGCAUUGAUUUUCGGGAAAAAAGGCUGGUGUACCGACCCAACAGACCAGACGGGGUCAGCGGCCGAGGACAGAGAAUACAUCUUCAGUUGUGGGACACAGCAGGGCAGGAAAGGUUCCGUAGCUUGACAACCGCCUUCUUCAGAGAUGCCAUGGGCUUUCUCCUGCUCUUUGAUCUAACCAGCGAGCAAAGUUUCCUCAAUGUCCGGAACUGGAUGAGCCAGCUGCAGACGCACGCCUACUGCGAGAGCCCCGACGUGGUGCUGUGUGGAAACAAGAGCGACCUGGAGGGGCAGCGCGUGGUGAGGGAAGACGACGCCAAGCGGCUGGCUGGCAAAUACGGGGCGCCCUACUUCGAGACCAGCGCCGCCAACGGCGCCAACGUGGGGCCGGCCGUGGAGUCGUUGCUGGGGCUCCCCAUGAGGCCCAUGGACCGGUCCGUGGACGGCCCCCACCCCUGGAUCGCCAACGCCCCCCCCGAGACGGCCCCGCACCCCGCCGGCAGCGGCGGCUGCGGCUGCUAA